ACUGAAACUCUUCUGCUCUUGUAUACACAAAUAGGGAAAUAGGGGGAAAAAAAAUAGUCCUUCAUAAAGUGGCUGCUUCGCUCUCAAUUCUCUGGCAACAAUUGCUCACUUGAAAGGAAGAAUAACAAGGACUCCACUGUGAAGCUUGUUGCAGCUGAAAAGAGAUGAAUCAGGCUCCGAACAAGCCUGGGCAGGUUUUCUGGCCUAAGGUGGUGCUCAAGAAAUGGCUGAACAUCAGAGGCGACAACUCGGAGUUCAGCGCCGAUGAAGGCGAAGACGAUGAGGAAGGUCACAAGAUUAUGAUGAAGAAUUCUGGCUGCGAGGGGGACAGCGAGAGGAAGGUAAGAGGAUUGGAGAAGACAAAUGAUGAUGAGCUCGAGAGCCUCCCAUACAAGUUGAGAAGAAGGAAUUCAGAGACUCUUCGGGCACAAUAUAUCGAUACCAAAGAACUCAGAAUCUGCACAGGAACUUGGAAUGUUGGUGGACGAGCUCCACCUGAUGAUCUUGAUGUAGCAAAGUGGAUAGACAUGGAGGAGCCUGCUGAUAUCUAUGUAUUCGGCGUCCAAGAGAUUGUUCCCUUGAAUGCCGGCAACAUCUUCGGUGCCGAGGACAAUACGCCAGUUGCAAAAUGGGAACAUCUCAUUCGGACAACACUAAAUACUAUUCCGACCGCGAAACCGAAGUAUAAAUGUCACAGUGAUCCUCCCUCUCCAUCUAGAUUUAGACCAUCUGAAGAUGCUACUACCAUCAUUGUGGAUGGACUAUUGUCUGAUGAGACUAUCAGUGACAUAGACGAAGAGGAUGAUUAUCACGACAAUGAAGAGAAUGCCACUAAUUUCAGUGAUUCGACGAAUACUCUAGAUUCUAAUUUCGAUCAUGAUGAAUCCAUUAGGCCAUCUGGCAUAAAGAAGUUUCAAAGGUUGAAUCAUUUCACUCUUGUUAAUUUUGAUGCCGAUUCGGUUAUGCCAUUGAUUCAGGAAAAGAAGCUACUCAGGACACUUAGCACAGCAGAGAGGAUUGGAUUAGCUUGGCCAGAACAACCACUAGACUUGCUGCCUAAACACACUUUAACUAAUUCAAGUUCAUUCAAGGCAAGCAAGUCUUUCCGAAAAUACAAUUCUUUCCGGCGCAGUGUUGUCAAGGAUUCAUCAGGAAGAGAUUUGGCUACUGAACUUGAUCUGAAUAUGGUGUCAUGUAGAAGGAAGAGAUUGGCCUUUGUCAGGAUAAUCAGCAAACAAAUGGUUGGGAUAUACCUUUCAAUAUGGGUUCGUCGUGACUUGAAGAAGUACAUUCAGAACCUGAAGGUAUCUCCGGUCGGUGUAGGUGUCAUGGGUUAUAUCGGAAACAAAGGUUCAGUAUCAAUCAGCAUGUCUAUAUACCAAACCUUAUUUUGCUUCACAUGUUGCCACCUCUCUUCGGGCGAAAAAAGUGGGGACGAACUUCAUAGGAAUGCAGACGUGCAAGAAAUCCACCGUAAAACACAAUUUAGUACGAUUGCUCAAGCCGGAGCGCCUAAAAGAAUCCAUGAUCAUGAAAGAAUAUUUUGGCUAGGAGAUCUAAACUACCGCAUCGAUUUGUCGUUUGAAAAAACACAUGAACUCAUUUCCAGCAAGAAUUGGAGUAUGUUGCUAGAGAGAGACCAGCUGAUUCGAGAGCUAAAGAAAGGGGGUGCUUUCGACGGAUGGUCAGAGGGUGUUAUGAACUUUCCGCCAACUUACAAGUAUGAAUUCGACUCGACAAGCUAUGUGAGGGAUGAUCACAAGGGCGGGAGGAGAAAUCCAGCAUGGUGCGACCGCAUUCUAUGGUUCGGAAAGGGUGUAAAACUCCUAAACUAUAGGAGAGCUGAGCUGAAGCUCUCCGAUCACCGGCCGGUGACCGCCAUUUUCACGGUUGAAGUUGAGAUAUUUUGCCAUAGAAAGCUUCAGAAGGCUCUGACUUUAACAGAUGCUGAGAUAGAAAUUGGUUUCGACAUUGAGAUGGGUCAUCCAGGAAUCGAAGAGAGCUUUGGAUGGUUGGGGCGAUGAGAGAUCUACAGAAUCUUCUUCUUUUGUGAUCAGGAGAGCUCUUCGAUGGUUGAGUCAAUGAAAGAUGUGUAAAUUAGACUUUGAAUUAUGGCUACAGGCAUA